AGUUGUAGAGUGUACAGACAGUAUUUUAUUUUAUUCACAUUCACAAACUUCACAGUUCUAAUACCUCUAAUACUGCUUCUACAGCGGGCCGUGACAGUCUUGCAAACCGUACCUGCAGAUUUGUAUAUUUUUUUUGAUCUACAAAAUUGUUUUGUUGGUGUUAUAACGUGAUGUUGCGGCGAGUUAACUUUUAUUCAAUAUGUUUCGCAUUUGGUAUCAGUGUUCUUCUAAUUUUUGUUGGAAGUCGAUAUGCAGAUAACACUUAUUAUCGUCCGUCCAUUGAAAACCGGAGAAAUGUUAGAAACUUUUUGAAAGUUGGAGAUGAAGCUUACACGUUACUCAACAUCCCCACAAUCUUAUAUGAUGGAUCGCCAGACAUCAAGAUAUUACUCGAGAAAACACGUUCCAAAAUCAAAUACGAGCUGUCUAAGUAUAAUUUUUCGGAAUUUGGUGCUCAAGCUUUGGAAAAUUUAGUAAUAGAGUCCGGGGGGCAGCCUAUACGCAGCCUAAUCAUUUCUACAUGGAGGUCUGGAACGACUUUCCUUGGUCAGUUACUGAAUGCCAUCCCCGGCACCUACUAUCACUAUGAACCACUACUUAAAUAUGGAAUUAUACAAAUAAGGGGGCCACCGGAUGGUGAUAAAGCUGUAGACAAUAUUAAGUCUAUGAUGAAAUGUGAUUAUGAAGGCUUAGAAGAUUAUUUUAAUUUUGGGAAGAAGCAUUUGUAUCAGUUUACCCACAACACCAGAUUAUGGGACCAUUGUAAACAUAAGAAUGAACUGUGCUUUGAUGCUGAUUUCACAUCACGGAUAUGUAAGCUGUUUCCGUUCCAAACCAUGAAGGUUGUAAGACUGAGGCUGCGACUCAUCCAGGAUGUUUUAAAAGAUAAAGAGCUUAAUCUGAAGGUGAUACUGUUGAUCCGUGAUCCUCGAGGUGUGUUGCAGUCCAGACAACACCGUACCUUUUGCCAGACUUCUGCUGACUGUUGGGAUCCUCCACUACUUUGUGCCGACAUGAUCAGUGACUAUGUUGCAGCUGCUCGCAUUCAGAAACACUUUCCUGACAGACUUAUGGUGUUGCGAUACGAAGAGCUAGCGUUGCAGCCUAACGUAACAGCUUAUCGAAUUUUAAAGUUCCUAAACAUUAGUGCCACGGGUUUGCUAGACGAAUUCUUGGAUUUACACACAAAUGUAGAAGUUGCCGGAGUCAGCUCCACGUUUAGAGUAUCGAAAGAGGUGCCUUUCAAAUGGAAAAAUACUCUCAACUUUACGUAUGUGGACGAUAUACAGAGAGCAUGCAAGGAAGCCAUGUCCCUAUGGGGCUACAAGAUGGCAAAUAACGAAACUCACAUGAAAAGCGAAGAUUUCAUGCCCUUGGACAACUAUACGAUCUCACAGUGAACACUGAAGUAACUCAGGAUGUAAAGAAAAUAUUUGUCUCCACGUUAAAUAUGCAUACCCUUAAUUUUUGUUCUAAUGGCUUUAAUUACGUAAAUAUUUUUUAUGAUAGCAUCAUAAUAACUGCAACUCUAUUAACAGCCAGAACCAAAUACGUUGAAAAAAGAUACGUAAUGUCAGAAAAAAAACUAAACAUCACGGUUUCGUUAGAAUUAUAGUGAUGUAGGAUACAUACUGAAAACAAACUAGCUACGACAAAGAUGACAACGCGAAAAAGUCCAACUUUAGUUUUAUAUAAAUUAUUUUCUAAUUGUUUGCAUUUCUGCAGUUCUUAUUAUUUGUAUCCACUCAUUCAACCACGUGUAUAUGGAGGUUUCAAAACAAUUAUUAUAGGGAUUUACUAUUUCUUUAUACAGCACUAAGUAAACAAAAUAUGUUUAGUUCAUCAAUUUGACCAUGUCAAUUGGCUUCCUAAGUAGCAUAUUAAUAUGUCAAUUACGUAUACGUCAAUUCGUACGUUAAUUAACAAAAUAUAUUAUCAAAAAUAAGGGUAUGCAUGGAAAUAAAUAUUUUCGGAAUGUCCCAGUGAACAUACUAUCAUAAAACUCGCAACAAUUCUCAAGCAAAUCCACUUCGAAUUUGAAUAAAGCAUUAUACACAUGUGUGGAGGAAAUUGGUUCAUAUCUU